CUCCGCCCGCUUUCCUUCUCAUCUCUAGCCUGCGCCGCCGCAUCCACCGCACCCCCAAAACCCUAGCGCUCGCUCCGCCCCACCACCAUGGCCGGAGCGCAGGAGUCCCUCGUGUACGCCGGCGUGAUGCGCGGCCACAACGACGUGGUCACGGCCAUCGCGACGCCCAUCGACAACUCGCCCUUCAUCGUCUCCUCCUCCCGCGACAAGUCGCUGCUCGUCUGGGAUCUCACCAACCCCAUCCAGGCCACCCAGGACUCCAGCUCCGAGUACGGCGUCCCCUUCCGCCGCCUCACCGGCCACGGCCACUUCGUCCAGGACGUCGUCCUCAGCUCCGACGGCCAGUUCGCGCUCUCCGGAUCCUGGGACGGCGAGCUCCGCCUCUGGGACCUCUCCACCGGGGUCACCACCCGCCGCUUCGUCGGCCACGAGAAGGACGUCCUCUCCGUCGCCUUCUCCAUUGACAACCGACAGAUCGUCUCGGCGUCCCGCGACCGCACCAUCAAGCUCUGGAACACCCUCGGUGAGUGCAAGUACACCAUCGGCGGUGACCUCGGAGGCGGCGAGGGCCACACUGGCUGGGUGUCCUGCGUCCGUUUCUCACCCAACAACUUCGCCCCGACCAUCGUCUCGGGCUCAUGGGACCGCUCCGUCAAGGUCUGGAACCUCACCAACUGCAAGCUCCGCUGCACUCUUGAUGGUCAUGGUGGCUAUGUUAGCGCCGUCGCAGUCAGCCCAGACGGUUCGCUCUGCGCGUCUGGUGGCAAGGAUGGCGUCACCUUGCUGUGGGAUUUGACCGAGGGCAAGAGACUCUACUCGCUGGAUGCGGGAUCCAUUAUCAACUCACUUUGCUUCUCGCCCAACCGCUACUGGCUCUGCGCGGCGACACAGGAUUCCAUCAAGAUCUGGGAUCUUGAGUCAAAGCACAUCGUGCAGGACCUUAGGCCCGAGGUCCCUGUCUCCACGAAGCAGAUGCUCUACUGCACUUGCUUGAGCUGGAGCGCGGAUGGCAGCACUCUCUAUGCUGGUUACACCGAUGGAACUAUCCGCAUCUACAAGAUCUCGGGGUUCAGCUACUCUAGCUAGAUUAUGUAUCUUGUUUUAGUGGCCUCUGUUCUGGUAAAACGGCUGUGGUAUCUUCUUUUUUUGACUGUCUUGAGGCGUAAUAUCUGCCUUGGUACUUCUGCUUAAUUUACUAUCUGUGUCUUAGCCGCAGUCAUGAUCUCAUGGAUAAUGCAUCGUUUGUUGGUUUUGGCUGUUCAAUAUAUUGUCUCGUGAAUCA